AUGCGCUUCCUUCGUGUGCUUUUCUUGAUGACCAUCGUUCUUCUCGCGUGGGUGAUGACCGUCGACGCGCUCAACAUCUCGGCCCACGAGCGCGAUGAGCUCACGCGCGACUUGACGCGCUGGCAAAAGAAGUUUGGCCAUGACGACCACGUGCGCGCAGCCAUGGCUUUGGUGCGAGGGACCGUGACGACCGACGAUCUUCUUUGGCGAUUGAAGGCGGCCAAGGACAAGCUUCCGGCUCUGCAGGCGGCCAACCCGUACGCGACCUUUAGCCACUUGACCAAGUUUGCGCUGCUCUCGGACAACGAGUUUGCGCAGUUCGCGUCAUCGCCAUCGCCGGUGCCACCACCGGUAGCUCUCCCAGCGGCCGCCACUUUGAGUCGCAGUGCUGUCGGCGGCAUUGUCGUGAGCGUGGUCGACUGGACCAAGCAGUCAGUUUGUGUCGCGCCAGCGAAAUGGAUCGGCAAGUGUCGAAGCGAUUGGGCGAUUAUGGCGGCGGCGGCCGUGUCGUCGGCGCACUGUCUCGCAACCGGCGAAGCCAUCGAUCUCUCGGUACAGCAAGUGCUCAGCUGCACGUAUAUGGGCGGCUCGGAGAGCUGCUCGGGCCCCGGAACUCCAUUCGAUGGCAUGCAGUGGCUGGUCCGGCAGUCCAGCGCCUUGUGCACUGGGUCGGCGAUCCCAUACACCUCGGGCCACUCGGGCGUCGCGCCGUUUUGCAGCGACAACGCCGAGUGCGCCGGGUCGAUUUCUCUCCAGGUCGGCGUGGCCGUGGAAGCGCGUGGCGAGGCCGCGCUCGAGAAGCAGCUGCAGAAGCAGCCUGUCGUGGCGCACGCGACGACCAACAACUACGCGUGGCGACUGUACAACACUGGCGUCCUCUCGUGGUGCCCGCGCGGCCGCCUCGACCAAGCCGUCCUCGUCGUGGGCUACGGCACCGAAACCUCUGGCUCGAACGACCCGCCCGUCGGCUUCUUCAAGGUCCGCAACGCGUGGGGCCCCGACUGGGGCGAGAACGGUGACAUUCGCCUCGCGCGCGGUCCCGGCUCCGGUGAUUUCGGCGCAUGCGAGGUUGCGGCGCGCCUCACCUACCCGACGCUCGUGCCUUUAGAGGCGCCAGUCUCUGGUGCGAGAUCCACCAAGGCGCCGCGCAAGCCGACAUCACCGCCUCCCGCGACCGACGACACAUACCAGUAG